AAUCGAUGCUGCAGUUAGCGCCCUCGGCUAAAGGCAAGGGUCCUGCAUAAAAAGGCAGUGCUGACAUUGCGCAUAAGAAAUCUCUCCGUGACAAGGCUGCGCUUUCGCCUGUUAUACACAAGGGCGGCCCUGCGUGGCCAGUCGCCUACAGCUCUGAGCAUUCUGUGCGCAUGCGACGUGCUUUUUGGCAGACGUCAAAUUUGUCGUUCACCAGAAAACAACCUUGUAUUGUGAUGGCCAUAUCAUCUUGUCCUGCGCUCUUAUGCGUGCCAGACUUCCUUUUUCAGCCUGUGCGCUCGGCCCUUCAUCGAGAUAGAGGAAUUGCAGAAUUUUACGGACCAAAAUUUUCUCAAAAAAGGACAAACAAUUUUUGGCUCGCAGCGUUUAGUCUUGGAGCAAAUCUUAGCGACAGAGCAAAAUGUCUUCGGGCGAGCUCGGGCGAUAUCAGUCUUCCGGACAGGGUGCACUCUCUGAUUUCAGGCUAAAGGAUUAUUCAGGAACAAUCAAAAGCCGACUACGCGAAAUGUGCUCGUAUCCGAGAAACAAGCCUCAGCUCGGCGCGCAGUCAAGACGUUGGACGAGGGCAGACACAAUUUUAUUCGGGUUGAAAUAGAAGAUAGCGUUCUUGCCCGUGGCGUGGUUUAAAACAUGCCUGUAGAAGCAGAAGGCUCAAUCGGACUGACUUGCACAAUUGCCAGGAACUGUCAUUGAGACCUGAAAAAGCCGAACUAUCGAUACAAAUGAUGAAAUCAGCCUCGAGACUCGGAGAAGCUACUCCUAAUUACUUCGCUUUACUGGGAAUGAAAUGCAUUGGCGUGCUCCUACCAAAAGAAAUAGAAACUACAGAGCUUGCACCUCACAAUCUCGCUCAGAGUCAUGUUGGAAAAGCUAUUGUAUAUCGGGACAACUGUAUUCUGAUAUUGUGCUGAAACUGCACUGGUAUAAACACCACUAACUUUUUUUUUUGAAUCACAGAUUUUAUAUCUACCCAAAGGCCCUGCAAGCAUGGGCUCUCGAUUAUCUGUCAAAGCAAAAAACACUAUUAAGAUAGCUCUGGCCAAUGACCUGGAUGAACUUCGUUUGUCGGGCUGCAAUAUCAAGUCAAUUCCAGCCAGCGAAAUCAAGAAAUGGCAGAAUAUCAGAGUCCUUGUUCUCUCUGAAAACUAUAUUGUCAGACUACCGAACAAAAUAGACUGUCUGGUCUCCCUGGAGGUGUUAAAAAUAGAUUCUAACGAACUGGUCGGACUACCCGAAUCCCUAUUAGAUUUUAAAAAAUUACGCAUUUUGAAACUCGCGUACAAUAAAUUAACCAAAUUACCGGGCCCACUUUACAGGCUUGGGGCUCUAGAAAGGCUAAACGUGUUUGCCAACCCUCUUCCUUCAGAGUACCUUUCGACUCUGAUUCGCCAACUUCAGCCCAUAACAAGUCUCUGUUCUCUAAACUGUGGAGGCGUGAGUUUGAAGUCCUGGCCAGAAACCCUGUUCGAGGUACAGCAACUACAGGAACUUAACAUAAAGAGAAACCAGUUGACUGAGAUUCCGGACAGCAUCUCCAACUUGGUCAAUUUGAAGAAGCUCAUACUGUCUCAUAACCCCAUCGAAGUCCUUCCUAUAUCCGUGAGCAAGCUCAACAAGCUCACGAGGAUCGAAUGCGUUGAAUGUCUAUUCUCGGACCUCCACCAAUAUCCAUUUGACCAGCUCAAAGAGCUUCGAAUUGUUAACUUCAAUUCGUGCAAGCUCACCUCCUUCCCUUUCUACCUGGGAUAUGUUACCAACCUUCAAGUACUGGACUUCGGGUGCAACUUAAUAACUAAAUUGAGUCACACAAUAGGCUAUAUCGGCAGUUCGUUGAAGAAGUUAGACGUCAGCCAAAAUCAGCUUACAGCACUACCGGGAGAACUCUCUAUGUUGGAUCUGAACAUCGACCUUGAUUUACAGCAAAACAAUUUGCGCAGUCCGUUCAAAGAGAACGCCCAUUCCAACCCUCAGCUCUUCGAAGCUAUCAUUCGAUUUUGCCGCGCAUGGGGACCCAAUUGCACCAUCGAAAAAGACGCCUUUACAACCGCCGUCAAAAACGUCCCAGGCGUUUUCUUGUUGACGGCCUUCGAUUACAUCAAUCGUCCAAGAAUUAGCGGAGGCGACAUCAUAGAAGUCUCCAUCACUGAAACGAACCCAGAGAAUCCGGAGGAUAAAAGGCCGCCAAUCAACAGAGACUCCUUCCUCUGUGCCCACACCAAAGACCUCAAAAACGGAACUUAUGAAAUAAACUAUGUUUUUAAAAAAUCUGGGACAUUCGAAGUCGAAAUCACCUGUGACUCUAUGCAAGUCCGUGGCUCUCCUUUUUCUAUCGUCGUCUUUGAUAGCUAGCUGAUCUCGAAAGCGCAAUAACUUCCUAAUCUCAAAGAAGCGUAGUGACUUCUUCGCGCACAUCUUGUAAAAUUUCUAAACCCUUGUUUUGACUGGUGUACGAAUUAUGUUCCCUCUUUUUUAAUAGUGACUUUUUGCUCUUCUCUCCGUCCGGUUCCUUCGUUUGCUCUAAUGACCUUCGCGCGGAACUCCCGUCGAGUGUCUAAGCGUUCUCACCUUCGCGUAUGACUUCCUCCAUCUGACAAACGCCCUCAGAAUAACUCGCACCCGCACUCCUUCACAGAACGGAUCUCCCUCUGGAAAGAAGAAGCUCGCGCCUCACGAGCCAGAAAAGGGUGUCGUCAACUAGUGUGUCCUGGCUCCAAAACUCGUGCGAUCGCUUCCCAGAUCUGGAUUACUUAGCUGGCUUCUCUGUUCGUCCCUUCUCGAUUAUGUACCUCGGUAGCCGACCCCUCCGACGCGCCGUUCGAGUGCGCCUCGCCGAGGAUAUGCAUGUCGUAGACUAGUCAGCUCGCUUUCUUUUUAAUGGACGCCUACAAUAAAAAAUUUCUUCUUUAGCUUUGACACGUCCCGUACAAAAAAACCAGGCUUUUUUUCCCAAGAACCUUGGUUCGUGACAG